GUUGUGUUUCUUGCAGAAAUGGGUGGUUUUCGUUUUGGGUUCUUGUUAAGAGUGCUGAAAAUGGCUGUAUUCGUUUCUUUCACUUGCGUUUUUGCAUUGGGAGGGGCUCUGGUAGGAACAAUAACCGGAGCAGUCACCGGCCAGACCACAGAAACCGGGUUCUGUAGAGGAGCCGGAAUCGGUGCUAUCUCCGGUGCUAUGUUGGCUGUUGAGUUGCUUGAAUCUUUGAUCGAGGGCGAGUCUUCAUCCAAGAUUGCCCUCUUUGGUAGUCUAAUAAAUGGGAAAAUUUUCCGGGAAUGGGUGAGUCCUGCAAUGCUGAAGGCUUAUCAAUGGCAAAUUAAUUCCAUGGAGACAAGCUACAGAGAAACCUCAGACAUUUACGAUGUUGAUGGAAUCAAAGGGGUAUCACUCAACAUUGUCAAUAAGCUUCCUGUAUUCAAUGUAAUUCACAGUGAGAUGAUGGCAACAAGUGAUGAGAUCUGCUGUACAAUUUGCUUGCAGGAUUUCAGGGAGGGAGACAGUGCAAGAAGACUUCCCAAUUGCAGGCAUUUCUUUCAUUUGCCUUGUAUAGAUGAAUGGCUUGUUAGACAUGGAUCUUGUCCCAUUUGUAGACAAAAUGUUUUAUACUCAGAAGAAAUGUUCUAUGUAUAA